UAAAAAGUAUCACGCUAAAAAAGCGCGGGAAAAUUCGCAUCCAAAUUCCCGCCAACAACAAAACCCUAAUCGACACCCCACACCCCUAAUUUCUCUCCACCAUUUUUCUUACCGUCGCAACUUAACAUCAGAUCCAAUCUCAAAUAAUCUUAAAUUCUUCAAGUUCUCACAAGAAACCCAAAAUCAAUCUCUCACACAGAAACCCUAAAAAAUGGAAAUGCAAGGUUUAGCUGGUAUCUGCGUCGGUCUAGGCACCCCUGAAGAAGACGACAACGGAAAUCGAAUUGGUUACACUAAAGGCGCUAACUGCUUAGAUAAUUUAAAAGAUUUGUUGAGAUUCUUAAGGCGCGAUGAUCCACAAACGCGAGGAGUAUUUAAGCAAGUGUGUAAAUGGAAUACUGUGGGGAAAGAUUUAAUACCGAUUAUUCAGUAUUGUCAAGAUGAUCGUAAUUUGGUCUUAAAUGCAGUUAAGGUUCUAGUUUUUCUUACUAUGCCAAUUGAGCCGUCUUCGAGUGAUAUAUGGCUACAAGUAGAGUAUUUAUGGGGUUUGAAGGCUGCAAUUACGCUUAGUGGUACGAUUCCAGUGGUUGUUUCGCUUCUUGAAGGCCCAUUGGAGAAUUUGGACCGUGAGGCGUUUACUGAGGAUGACUGGAAAUUGGUUCAGUUGGUGCUGACAUUGUUUAGAAACGUUCUAGCAGUUCAUGAUUUUUCAAUGUUGCAGAAAGUUGGGGAAUCAGCAAGUCAGUUUUUGUCUCUAAGGGAUAGGUUUUUGGAGCUUUUGUUCCAUGAGAAUGUAAUGGACAUCAUUCUAGUUAUAACUCAGAAUAUAAAGGGUUCAUGCAGUUAUUUUCUUCAUGAUAACUUGCUUUUAUUAGAAAUUUUCCAUUACAUUUUCAUUGGUCAAGAGCCAGGGUUGAUUGUUAAUGCCGGUCUAAAGGAUUUCAAGGUUUGUGGAAGCAGCACUUCUCUUGAUAUCCUCAAGUCCAUUAUGAAAGAAGAAGAACAAAGAAAAAUGAAGCUUUCUAGACAACGAAACGUGGUCCGUCAUUCACAAUUUAGUGGAACCUUCACCCGGCUUACCAUGGAUGGUUCUAAAGCAGUAUGCUUAGGAAACCCUAGUUCUGCUUCUCAGAUUCUACUUAAACCUUAUAAAGCUCAAAAGGGUCCCAGUAAAAAGAUUUUGUGGGACCAUGGGAGAUUACCUUCAAUGAAGGAUAAUAUUUUGGAGUUACUGCAUGAUUUUCUGAACCAGUUUCUAUCAGGGGGUUACAAUGAUUUGAUGGAGACGAUCCGUGAAGAUAUCGAGAAGGAGCAUCAUGCAAUUCAAAACAGUGACAUUGUUGUUUUCUUUCAGGUUGCUCAGUUUGUUACUUCUUUUCAAUAUCACAAGUAUAUUACUUCCAAGCCAAAUAUGGAAAAAGACAAUUCUCAAGCCUUCUCUGAUGAGCAUGCUGAUAACACAUCAUUCAAAGGAGGUAUAUGUGGACCCAUUGCAGCAUCAAUGAACGAAUCAAUGUUUCUACUAGUCAUUUCAAGAUGGAAAAAUGCUUUUGAAGGCUUGAAGGUGACACAUGAUUAUAAGUUUCUGUCUGCAGCUGGUGCUCUUAUGAGAAUUAUGAUUCGCAUGUUAGAUUUGGUGCUUAAGUUACUGCCAGGAGAUUCUAAGGAGCCUUUAACAGCUCGCAUCCUGCUUUACAAGUUGUUCUAUGAUCAGACUGAUCAAGGAAUGACUCAAUUCCUCCUGAGCCUGAUCAAAUCAUUUGACACACAUAAGCAAACCAAAAGUGAUCUUUCAGAUCUGGUAGAAAUGAUUCAUGUACUUGUAAGGCUGAUGGAGAAUCUUCAAACACGUGGCACCUUGAGAGUUUCUAAGAAGUCGAGGAGAAGUAGAAAGAAGAAACCAUUGAGUGACAAGAAGGAAAAUGGAAAUGAACAGUGUAAUGUUGAAGUCACUAUUGAGGAUCCCACUGCUCUGUCUAAUAGUGAACAAUCAACUGUUUUGCAAAAGAAAAGCCCAGAAAUUGCAACUUCUGGUGACCAAGAAAACAUGAAUGUUGAUGUUCUUGAAAAGCCUGAAAUAUUUGUACCAGAGAUGGAGAAUCUUGGCAGCACUUUGCAGAUGGAGAAUAAAAAGAUUGAUAUUGAUGAUCUUUCAUGCAGUUCUGAUGAUUCUUCAGGCGAUGAGCAACCUGCUGAAAAUUAUGAAGUUGAUUUUAAAGUCUCUACUUUUAUAUCAUCUUUGGCAAACCACAGCAUUAUUCAGAAUUUGUGCUGGUUACUUAGGUUCUAUAAGAACAAUUCUGUCAGCACAAAUCACUACAUAGUAUGCAUGUUGCAGAGAAUCACUGAUGAUUUAGAUCUCUCUCCAAUGCUAUAUCAGUUAUCGCUGCUCACGACAUUCUAUGAGAUUCUGGAAGAGCAAAAGUCAUGUCCAUGCAAGGAAUAUGCAAAUAUUGUUGAUUUCCUUACGAGUUUGGUUAGAAGAAUGCUAAGAAAAAUGAAGAAUCAGCCCCUUCUUUUUGUAGAAGUUCUCUUUUGGAAAUCCAGGAAAGAAUGCCAUUACAUUAAUGCUGAAUAUAUGUUGCACGAGCUUGGUCAUUUGAAGAAAGAAAGUGCAGGCUGGGGAAAUGCUUCAGCAAACGAAGAUAUUGGGUCAUCACAGGGGAAGAGAUGGGCUCCUAGAAGCAUAGCAGAUGCACUGGGUGAGGAUGAAGCAGAUGUUGUGAUCCCUCAUGAACCGGGAUAUCAGAAUGGAGGAGAUGCUGCAGAACAUGAAAGUGUAACUGUUCCUAGGAGGAAGAGAAGAUUUGUUCUGACAGACGAGAUGGAGAUGAAAAUAAAAGAUCUGUAUGAGAAAUUCAAAGAUGAUGAGAAUUGCAGUCAUUUGAUUGCGGAAUCCUUAGAUCCUGAUGGUCAAGUUUCACGAGCACAAGUUAUCAACAAGCUCAAGCAGCUAGGAUUGAAAGUUGCAUCGAAGAAAAGGAAGCGCUCUGUUGGUAGGCCAUUUUCUACUAAUCCUGAUCAACUUGGUGAGAAUGGAGAGAUAAUUGAAAAGGAAAGCAAUCUUCACAAUUCAAUUGAUUUAGAAGGAAGUUUGCCAAGGCUGAGCACUAGGAAAAGAGUGAGGGCCUUCAACAAAGAUCAGGAGGAAAUGAUUAAAGCGUUAUUUGAGCAGUUCAAAGACCAUCGAAGAUGCAGCUAUAUGAUUGCAAAUGCAAUGGGAUCUGAUAAUUCAUUCACAGCUGCCCAAGUGUCCAGAAAACUCAAGCAACUUGGUUUACGUGCUCCUCGGCAGAAGCAGUCUGAGACAGAUAUGCAUCUCAGAGACGAGGAACUGAAUGGCUUUUCUGUUGGAGGACAAGAUUCUGAUGAUGAAACAUUGUUAUCGUUAAAAAAUAGGAGUAAAAACAAGGAUGAUGGUGGAUUAUUUGGUGAUGAGUUGCCAAGCCAGAACAUUGAAGGAGAAUCUAGUGAUUCUGAUGAUGAACUCCUAUGCUCUAUUCUCAAGCCUAAAAACAAUGCUGGUGAUAGAUUGGUUGCUGGGAAACAGAAUAACGAAGGAGAGAUUUCUGACAAUUCUGAUAAAGAAAUCUUGAGCUCUAAAAUGAAUAAAACCAAGAAGCUCCUUUCGAAGGCAAAAGGUAAAGAGCUCAGAACUUCUUCCACUGAGAGUGAAAUGCCUGAUGAAGAUGCCGGGAAUGAAGCUCUUAACGAUCUAGAACGAAGGGACAGAGGCAGCGAGUCCACUGGGCAGGAUGUUGUAGGGAUUGAUGAGGAUACUGUUCUUGACCAUGUCAGCAAGGAAGGUGCUUCAGAAGCUGAAGCAACUAACAGCAGAAGUGGAAAAUCAACAGGGGUUUCACCAGUCAAUUAUGUAGAUGAUAUACCAGAUCAACAAAUGGAUGAUGCAUUGGAAGAUUUGGAGGAUGCUGCAGCUUCUGAUACAGUAGUGACAAGUGCCAGACUUAAAAGGAAGUUGAGGAUGGUAGUUGAUCUCGAGGAUGAAGAUGAUGAUUAAGAUGAAAGCAUAGAGGUCUGUCUUCUAUAACCUUGUGAUUAUAUUGCAUGCAAGAUUGUUCAUAUCUGUGCUGGGAAAAGGUGAACUCUGAACGGGUAGCAGCCACCGUCUAUUGUUGCCGCCCUCUUUUUUUUGGCAAUUUAGUCUUGUCAUGCUUGUAUUUUGUAUAGAAAGAGAGUACCCUGGUAGCAAUACCGCCGGAAUUUUUUUUUUAUCAAAAACCAUGUCAGGCAGCUAACAUGUCAGCUCCGCAGUCUGCACUUUGUGAAGCUGCCGUUGCCCCAAGUAGAUGGUCUCUCUCUAGAUGCUGAGGCCACCAAGAAAGCCCCUGACAUGGUCCAAGAACCCUUUAUUCAGGUUCUCGAGUCAUUAGAUCCAGUUUGGAUCUUCUACGAUUUUGCUCAUUAUUGGAACUCGUUGCCAAUCAAUCAAAUGGUAUCGGAAAAAAAGUGUUCUGAAUAUUCAAUGUAUUUUAAAAUAUUUUAAUAUGGAAAGUAAAUAAAAAAAAGGCAAUACUCUGCUA